AUGAGUGGAGUCCAUGACCACGUUGUGGCCACUGCCAAGCCCAAGGAGGUGGCCCCAUUCCUAAAGAGUCUGCGGCAGAUCCUGGACUCUGAAAACACUGCCAUUAUACGCUGGACGCCCGAUGGUAAGGCAUUCGAGAUCCACGACAUGAACACCAUGAUGCACCUCGUACUACCCAGAUACUUCAAGCACAGCAAGUACACGAGCUUCCAGCGCCAGCUCAACUAUUUUAAUUUCCGCAAAUGGACCAAGUCCAAGGCCGUCGUCUGCACCUUCUCGAAUCCAUUUUUCCAGCGUGGCCAACCAGCGCUCGUUUGGUGUAUCACACGUAAGAAGUCGCUCCACUCGGAUGAUAAAGGCCCCAGGAGCGGCAGUGUAAAGUCUCUCAAGGCCAAGAAGCUAUCUCGUUCGCCCAAGGCCAUCGUCAUCAAGCUACUGCGGAGCAAAAGUGGCAAUCAGACCUCGCUCCCAUCCCCUACUGACGCAAACACGCUCGAAAUGUGCAACGUGUUCGGUACGGUAUCGGACAUCACCUUCCAUGACUCGUUGGGGUCAUCGCUAGACGCAAACUAUUCACUCGAUUGGGUCGACACGCUGUACUCAUCACUGGAGCCGCAGGUGGACAACGCCGCGCAUCCGUCGUUCCUCGAUCAUGCGUUCGACUACACCGAGUUGUGA